AUGGGUGAUUCAGAAAGUAUUGAUGAGUAUCUUGGAAAACUCACCAUUAUUGUCAACAAAUUAAGAGGCCUAGGCAAUGUUGUGGAUGAUAUCCAAGUAGUUAAGAAACUUCUACGAUCCACCUCUGCAAAGUUUCUUCAAAUCACUUCGACGAUUAAGGAGUUUAGUGAUCUCAAAACGAAAUUGGUUGAUGAGAUUAUUGGAUCACUCAAGGCACAUGAAGAAAGGUUGCAAGGGUUUGGAGAAAAAGAUGAAACCGUUCUCCUCACUCGUGCAGAAUGGAUGGGACGAGAGAAUGCAAAAUCCUCAAAGAAAGAAGGGAAGGAUCAAGAAAGUUCCAGAGGAGGCAGGGGACAGGGUCGUGGAAGAUGGAGAGGCCGUGGGAGAAAGUGUUCCAUAAAAGACGAACAACUCAACUUGAUAGAGAUGCAAAAGGAUGAGAAGUCUUCAUUGUUGAUGAUAGAGGCGUGUGAAAUUAAAACUACACGUGACAAAGAGCCUGAUUUUGUGAUGUUGAAUGAAACUAUAGUGCCACCACCCACCAAUAUUGGAGUUGAAAAUUCCUGGUAUCUAGAUACUAGAGUAAGCAACCACAUGUCAGGAGAAAGGAGGGUGUUUCGUGAGCUCGACAUAUCUAUUGUUGGAAAGAUACAUUUCGAUGAUAACUCUGUAAUAGAUAUUUGUGGUCGAGGAAUAGUUCUCUUCAAAUGCAAAAUCGAUGAGCACUUGAUCUUAUCGCAAGUCUAUUACAUACCUAAACUCAAAAGCAAUAUAAUAAGUUUGGGACAAUUGGACGAGAGUGAAAAUAAAAUUGUCAUAGAGGACUGUGUGAUGAAGAUAUAUGACAGGCCAGAAGCUUGA